UUGGCUCCAGCGACGACCAUAAAAGCCUUGUAGACUGGGACGAUACGAGCUCCGCCGCACACGCAUCAUGGGAAAGGGUGGAAAAGGAAAGGGCAAGAUCACCAAGGUCUGGACUGCUCCAAAGAAGUGGGAACCCAAAGGCAAAUCCCGCGGCAAAGCUGAUGGAAGGGGAGGUGGACAGUGGAUCUGGGUGGACGAAGCACCCAAAGUCUACAAGACCAAGGGCAAAGGCAAGGGCAAAGGCGGCAAGGCCAAGGGCAAGGGAAAGAGGAGGGCAGCACCAUUGACGAGCGAGUUUUGGACCAAGAAGGUCGAGGCCGAAGGCCGAAAGGAGAUUGGAGAAACGGUGCUGCCCGGAGUCAUUUCAAGGUACAACGUGAAGCAAGGAUAUGGCUUCAUCAGGCCUGACAGCCCUCAAGGUUUGCCCAAGGCCGUGAAGAAAAAGAUGAACGAAGCGGAAGCUGCUGCGGAAGCCGAAGGUAAAGAGGUGAAGGAAAAGGGCCUCUUGUACUUCCGCAAGCCAGAUGUCAAUCACCAAGAAGGCUUCAAGUUGACCGAUGGCACUCCCGUGACCUUCCGCCUUUAUGUGGACAACUUGGGCGCCGGCGCGCUCGACGUCUGGACCACGCCAAAGAAGUGGGAAUCCAGCAAGGGCAAAUCCCAGGGCAAAUCCAAAGGAAAGGGAGGUGGCCAUUGGGUCUGGGUGGACGAAGCACCCAAAGUCUACAAGACCAAGAGCAAAGGCAAGGGCAAGGGCGUGAAAGGCGGCAAGGCCAAGGGCAAGGGAAAGAGGAGGGCAGCGCCCUUGAAGAGCGAGUUUUGGAACAAGAAGGUGGAAGCCGAAGGACGAAAGGAGAUUGGAGACACCGUGCUGCCCGGAGUCAUUUCAAGGUACAGUGUGAAGCAAGGAUAUGGCUUCAUCAAAGCUGACAACCCUCAAGGUUUACCCAUCCCAGUACAGAAGAAGAUGAAUGAAGCCGAAGCAGCCGCAGAAGCCGAAGGGAAGGAGGUGAAGGAAAAGGGCCUCUUAUACUUCCGCAAGCCAGAUGUCAAUCACGAAGAAGGCUUCAAAUUGGCUGAAGGCACCAUGGUGACCUUUCGCCUCUAUGUGGACAACUUGGGCGCUGGUGCGCUGGACGUGACCAUGGCCUGA